CUCAUUUCUCUACCUCCUCCUCUUUGGCAUAUAUUUCACAGAAAAAGGAACUGGGAAAGAGCAAGAAGGCCUCAAGGAAUAUUUAAAUAGUAGGUUCAAAGCUGGGGAAUAGCAUCAGUGAGAAGAAAGGCAGAUGAAAUGAAGUAACAGUGUCACUGAUUUUUGUCUCUGUCCGUGGAGAACAGACUGCUGGUUUAGAAUCACUCUGGCCUGCCUAAGACCAUCUGACAUGCCGAUAUAACUCCAAGGUAAUUAUGGAUCUGAUCAACUUUACUGAUUUGCUCAAUGUCUCCACUUUAGGAAGAAACAGCACUCACUUUCCAGCUCCUGCCUCAAACGCGAUCAUCGCCUUUCUUCUGUGCAUGUCCGUUAUAAUUGGUUCCAUCACCAAUGGCCUCUACCUGUGGGUGCUUAAAUUCAAGAUGAAAAAGACUGUCAAUACACUCUUAUUUUUUCAUCUCAUUCUCUCAUAUUUUAUUUCUACGUUGAUUCUACCAUUUAUAGCCACCACCUACCUUCAGAACAAUCACUGGAGCUUUGGAACUGCCAUGUGCAAGGUCUUCAAUGCCACUUUGUCAGUGGGGAUGUUUGCCUCCAUUUUCUUCCUCUCAGCCAUCAGCGUUGACCGUUACCUUCUCACUCUUCACCCAGUGUGGUCACAGCUGCACCGAACCCCACGCUGGGCUUCCAGCAUCAUCCUGGUAAUCUGGAUCUCUGCCAUUGUCCUCGGCAUGCCCUAUUUGAUUUUCAGGGAGACACAUGAUGACCAUAAAGGAAGAGUGACCUGCCAAAAUAACUAUGCUGUGUCUCCUAACUGGGAAAGCAAAAAGAUGCAAAUAUUAGGGGAAAAGAUUCAUGUAGCCUUUUUCAUUGGCCGCUUCUUGCUGGGCUUCCUUCUGCCUUUCUUUAUCAUCACCCUUUGUUAUAAAAGAGUAGCCAACAAGAUGAAAGAGAGAGGCCUGUUUAAAUCCAAUAAGCCCUUCAAAGUCAUGGUGACUGCCAUUAUCUCUUUCUUUGUGUGCUGGAUGCCCUACCAUGUCCACCAGGGCUUACUUCUCACUAAGAACCAAUCAGUACUUUUACAGCUGACUCAGAUACUUACAGUGAUAACUAUUUCUUUCUAUGCCAUCUUUUCUCCUACACUCUACCUGCUUACUGGGGAGAACUUCAAAAAUAUUUUCAAAAGGUCCAUUCUUGCUCUGUUUGAGUCAACAUUAAGUGAGGACUUUUUGGCAGAAAGGACACAAAACCUAAAUUCAGAAGCCUACAUUUAAAUUUUGGAUCCCAGAGCAAACAAUGGACUCAGUCAAUUAUACCACCAGAGAUGUACCUUCUACUUUUAUAUAAUAUAAUCCCUCUAUUAUAGAGAUAUCCAGGCUGUACUAUAGUUAGAUCUACGAAUAUUAAAGAGGCUUUAAGAAAGCAAGCAAUGGAUGAUGUUGCAAAGGUCAUUAUUUUUACUGUUUUUAUUGCGGUAAAAUAUAAACAACAUAAAAUUUGCCAUUUUCACCAUUUAAAAAUGUACAUUUCAGUGGCAUUAAGUGUUUCGUAACCACCACCACUAUUUCCAAAAAAUUUUAUUACCCCAAAGAGAAACUCUGCACCAAUUAACUAGUAACUCCUCAUUUCCCCUUCCCUACAACCCCUCAUAACUUCUAAUCUGCUUUCUGUCUCUGUGAAUUUUCUAUUCUAGAUAUUCCAUAUAAGUAGAUAGAUACAACAUUUCUUAUUUUGUGUCUGGCCUAUUUUGUGUAGCAUAAUGUUUUCAAAGUUCAUCUAUAUUGUAACAUGUAUCAGAACUUUAUUCUUUAUGGCUAAAUAAUAUUCUACUGUAUGUUCAUUCCAUUGUGUGUUUUGUUUAUCCAUUCUUCUGUUAAAGGACAUUUGGGUUGUUUCUACCUUUGGCCAUUGUGAAUAAUGCUCUGUGAACACUGAUAAUAUAAGUAUGUGAUUGA